CCAGAACCACUCCUCCUCGAACUCAGUCUCAAACCACCAAGACUCAAACAUCACCAUAUCACCGGCGCUGGCAUCACUGCCCACUGCCCAUCGUCCACCGUCCAACAACAAACAAAUACAAAUCCCCACCAUCUCAGAGGAGCUCCCUCAGCAACAUCAAUCCAAAUGGACCCCACCGCCACCACAACCACCAAACCCAUCACGCAACCCCUCAACGCAGAGGAUUCCAAACCGGACCACCCCUUCCCUCGUGCUUCUACCCAGCCAAUGGAAACUACUUCCACUUCCACUUCCGCUCCCGCUCCCGCUGCUGCUGCUUUGGAGACAAAAACGGACAUGACCAAACCUCAGUCCAAAAGACUUCUUCCACUCGGCAAGACGACACCCGACAACGACAAAAAAAGCAAGGAGAAUAAUAAUAGCAAUAACAAUACAGAAGCGUAUAAUGCCUUUUGGGGGAAGUUGAUUGGGGUUGCACCCGACGACGACGACAAAAGCAAGGAGAAUGAUGAUGAUAAGAAUAAUGAUGAUAAAAAUAAUGAGAAUAAUGGAAAUAAUACAGAGGCGUAUAAUGCCUUCUGGGGCAAGUUGAUUGGGGUUGUGCCGCCAAAGGAUGGUGGUGGUGGUGAUUAG